AUGGCGGCUGUGGAGGGGAUGUCGGCGACAGCGGCUUUCGGAGCGGUGGCUUCGGAGUCCAAGGCCGAGGCCGAAGGGGAGGAGGCGGAGGCGACGCCGCCGCCGUGCGAGGCGGUGCGGUGGGCGCCGGUGGGCGCGGUGGCCGAGGCGCAGGCGGCGCUGUGCGAGGAGGAGGAGGACGGCUCGGAGGGGUGCGCGGUCUCCGGCCCCUCGUCGCCCCCGGAGUCCCCGGGCCGGGCGCUGCGGCGGCUGCGGGCCGAGCGGCGGCGGCUGGACUCGGCGUUGCUCGCGCUGUCCUCGCACUUCGCGCAGGUGCAGUUCCGGCUGCGGCAAGUGGUGCGCGGGGCCCCCGCCGAGCAGCAGCGCCUGCUGCGAGAGCUCGAGGACUUCGCCUUUCGCGGCUGCCCGCACGUGCUGGGCUGGGGCGCCCCCGGGGACCCGACCGCCGAGGAGGCCGACAGAGAUCGACCGCGCGAGGGCCCGCAGGGGCUGCGGCCCAACGAGCCGAGUGAACAGGAAAAACAGGAGCGUGUAGAAGCCCAAAGAGAGAAGCAGCGAGAGCUCAUUGUUCAACUCAAGACUCAGCUAGAUGACCUGGAAACCUUUGCCUACCAGGAGGGCAGCUAUGACUCCCUGCCACAGUCCAUGGUAUUGGAAAGACAGCGGGUGAUCAUAGAUGAGCUAAUAAAGAAGUUGGACAUGAAUCUGAAUGAAGACCUCAGCUCACUGUCUCCUGAAGAGUUACGGCAGCGUGUGGAUGUAGCCGUGGCCCAGAUAGUCAAUCCUGCCCGAGUGAAGGAGCAGUUGGUGGAACAGCUAAAAACUCAGAUCCGAGACCUGGAAAUGUUCAUUAAUUUCAUCCAAGAUGAAGUGGGAAGCCCCUUGCAGACAGGAGGUGAGUGCAGGAUGUCAGAGAAGCCUGGAAAUUGCUCCUCGAGGGCUGGUACUCGAUCGCCUUCUGGAAAUAAAAAAGCGAACGCUGACGAGUCGAGGAAGAUCCGUGAGACGGGGCUGCAGCUGAUGCGGCGAGCACUGGCCGUGCUCCAAAUCUUUGCAGUGAGUCAGUUUGGUUGCACCGCUGGUCACAUUCCCCGCACCCUGUGGCAGAGGGACCAGGUCGAUAGGGACUAUUCUCCUCUAUUGAAAAGGCUGGAGGCCUCAGUGGACAGGGUGAGGCAGCUAGCUCUGAGGAACCAGAUGAAUGAUCAUGUCAUCAGCAGUACCAGCCUUCAGGACAUCCCCCUUGGGGGCAAAGAUGAGCUCACGGUAGCAGUGCGAAAGGAGCUAACCGUGGCCAUGCGAGACUUGCUAGCCCAUGGAUUGUAUGCCUCCUCGCCAGGAAUGAGUCUAGUGAUGGCUCCCCUUGCUUGCUUGCUCCCUUCCCUCUCCUCUGCCCCUCAGACCAUGCACCCCUGGGAGCUCUUUGUGAAAUACUACAAUACCAAGAACGGCCGAGCUUUUGUGGAAUCCCCAGCUCGGAAGCUGUCCCAGUCCUUUGGGCUGCCUGUGACAGGGGGUGCUGUCGUGACGCCCAAACAAAGCUUGUUAAGUGCCAUCCAUGUAGUGCUGACUGAACACGACCCCUUUAAGCGCAGUGCAGACUCAGAAUUGAAGGCUCUGGUGUGCAUGGCCCUGAAUGAGCAGCGUUUGGUGUCUUGGGUCAAUCUGAUCUGCAAAUCUGGAGCGCUCAUUGAGCCACACUACCAGCCUUGGAGUUAUAUGGCACAUACGGGCUUUGAAAGUGCCCUCAAUCUGCUCAGCCGCCUGAGCAGCCUCAAAUUCAGCCUCCCUGUGGACCUGGCUGUCCGACAGCUCAAGAACAUCAAAGAUGCCUUUUGAUGACCAGGCCCUUGCACCUGACUAGUGCCUCUCCAUAGGGAUGAGUUACCACUUUACCACAUGAGGCUGAGGGAGUUGGAGGAAGAAGCAUCUGGGUUACAGGUUAUUCCUAGGCUUUGCACAGGUGGCCAGCCCUAGUGCCUCUAAAGUCUGUUACCCACACUUAGCACCUUAGAAAUUCACACUGGAAAGCCCCUGGUUGAAAAUGCCCUGCCCUGGUAUAUGACUACCUGCACAUGUCUGGGUGCACAUGUGGAUGUGCAUGGUCUUUCUCCAAGAGGCAUCUUUGCCUUCCCAGCUGCUCUUUUGACCCACAGGUACCCUUAUCAGAAACUCAGCAAACCCAGGAGUGCAUUCAUCCUGUGGCAUUGAAAAUAAGGGUUGGCAAAGAUGUGUUCCCAUUCGUAUGGGGACAAGUUAAGCCUAACAUUCUGCUGUCCAAAUGAGAGGUUCCCUCUUUUUAUUUUUUUAUUCUGGACUUGACCCCAACCCCCAACAAGAUGAACACUUCCGCAUACACAGUAAAACAGAAGAAAGAAUUGUACCUCAAACUCUAGAUCUCCAUACAGACAGCUCAUUUUUCCUUUUAAUCCUUUUUUUUUUUUUUUUGAAACAGGAGGUUGGGUACCCAUAAUACAUAGAGUAUUGGAGUGGAAGUCAGAACGACUUGAAUUCAAAUCCUCCCACUUACUUGCUGUGUGACUCUUAGUAAGUCACUUAACCUGUCUGCCUCAGUUUCCU